CAGUCGGCUCAACCUGCGCCGGGGAAGAGCGGCCGCCUCCAGCUCCCGGCGCAGCCCGGCCCCGCUUGGCCGCCUCAGCACACCCCACACCACCCCCGCCAGCUCACUGACGGAGACUGGGUGAGGGGUGAUCGCCUGGAAAGGGGGGAGUUCCGACCCGAGGAAUUUUGAUCUCUUGGCUGGAGAUGCCGGAACCACAGCAGCUGCUUCCCCAAAAUAGUGUCCUCGCCCCUACAGCCGGGGAUCUCCGGAGCUCCUGGAACACUGGCGUCCUGGCCCGCCCUUCAGGUCCCUCUCUGUGAUGCCCGCGAGCCCCCAGGCCCCCACCCCAAGUUCCCGGCUCCGGGUCUCAGGGCGGGGAGAGCCGUUUUCUCCUCGGUCUCUACUGCCCUCCGCUGGCGGCGACAUGCAUGGCAACGUCUGUCGCAAGGGGGUUGUAGUCUAGGGAACCAGGGCUGGCAACCAGUGGGCUAGGACUUGGCAUAGCAGGGACGGGAGACUGAACAGCUGAUGGGAACCAGCAGGUACCAAAGCUCAGAGCUAGACUGCAAAUGAGGCGCUUCAGGGUGUGGCAGGAUGUGGAGGAGGCAGGAUUUGGGGUACCCAAGGAAGGACCUAGGGCUCCCACACUUGAGUCCCCAACCCACUCCCCCAGGGCCCUGGCCCUGGCCAACCCAGGAGGAACGGCUGUGCCUUGAAGCCACUGCAAGUUCUCCCAGUGGUGCCACCCAGCAGCGAGGGCCCCGCCCCUGUCCCGUGGCAGCUGAGUGGACUGCGGCCUCUGGUACCCGCACUGCAUGCACGGGGCCCAGCCCAAGCCGUAGAGCAAGGGGGCAAGACGCCCACCUGCCCUGGCAACCAUGAGGCCCCCGUGGUGUCCCCUGCAGAAGCCCUCCCUGGCCUCCCCACUCCUCCUCCUCCUCUCCCUCCUGGGAGGAGGAGUGGGGGCUGAGGGCAGGGACGACCCAGAGCUGCUGGUAACAGUUCAAGGGGGCCGGCUAAGGGGCAUCCGCCUAAAGGCCCCUGGGGGCCUUGUCUCGGCUUUUCUGGGCAUCCCCUUCGCAGAGCCACCAGUGGGUCCCCGACGCUUUCUGCCACCAGAGCCCAAACGGCCCUGGCCAGGGGUGCUGGAUGCUACAACUUUCCCUAGUGUCUGCUACCAAUAUGUGGACACCCUGUACCCUGGUUUUGAGGGCAUUGAAAUGUGGAACCCAAAUCGUGAGCUGAGUGAGGACUGCCUCUACCUCAACGUGUGGACACCAUACCCCCGACCUGCAGCCCCCCUCCCUGUGCUUGUCUGGAUCUAUGGGGGUGGCUUCUACAGCGGGGCCUCCUCCCUGGACGUGUAUGAUGGCCGCUUCCUGGCACAGGCAGAGGGGACAGUGCUGGUGUCUAUGAACUACCGGGUGGGGACCUUUGGCUUCUUGGCUCUGCCAGGGAGUCGAGAGGCACCAGGCAAUGUAGGUCUGCUGGAUCAGAGGCUGGCACUGCAGUGGGUGCAAGAGAAUGUGGCAGCCUUCGGAGGGGACCCAACAUCAGUGACUCUAUUCGGGGAGAGCGCAGGCGCUGCCUCAGUGGGCAUGCACAUACUGUCCCCACCCAGCCGGAGCCUUUUCCACAGGGUUGUGCUGCAGAGUGGUACACCCAACGGGCCCUGGGCCACUGUGGGCAUGGGAGAGGCCCGGCGCAGGGCCACACUGCUGGCCCGCCUUGUGGGCUGUCCCCCAGGUGGUGCUGGUGGCAAUGACACAGAACUAGUAGCCUGCCUGAGGACACGGCCAGCUCAGGAUCUGGUGGACCACGAGUGGCAUGUGCUGCCCCAGGAAAGCAUCUUCCGGUUUUCCUUCGUGCCUGUGGUGGAUGGAGACUUCCUUAGUGACACGCCUGAAGCCCUCAUCAAUGCUGGAGAUUUCCAUGGCCUGCAGGUGCUGGUGGGUGUGGUGAAAGAUGAGGGGUCCUAUUUUCUGGUUUACGGGGCCCCAGGCUUCAGCAAAGACAACGAAUCUCUCAUCAGCCGGGCCCAGUUCCUGGCUGGGGUGCGCAUCGGGGUCCCCCAGGUGAGCGACCUGGCGGCUGAGGCUGUGGUCCUACAUUACACGGACUGGCUGCAUCCUGAGGACCCGGCGCGCUUAAGGGAUGCCAUGAGUGCUGUGGUGGGCGACCACAAUGUCGUGUGCCCUGUGGCCCAGCUGGCUGGGCGACUGGCUGCCCAGGGGGCCCGAGUCUAUGCCUACGUCUUUGAACAUCGUGCCUCCACACUCACCUGGCCCCUCUGGAUGGGGGUGCCCCACGGCUACGAGAUUGAGUUCAUCUUUGGACUCCCCCUGGACUCCUCGCUGAACUACACCGUAGAGGAGAAAAUCUUUGCCCAGCGGAUGAUGAGAUACUGGGCCAACUUUGCUCGCACAGGGGACCCUAAUGACCCGCGCGAUGCCAAGGCCCCUCAGUGGCCCCCAUACACGACGGGAGCGCAACAGUACGUGAGCCUCAACCUGCGACCACUGGAGAUUCGGAGAGGACUGCGGGCUCAGGCCUGCGCCUUCUGGAACCGAUUCCUGCCCAAAUUGCUCAGUGCCACCGACACGCUGGACGAGGCGGAGCGCCAGUGGAAGGCCGAGUUCCACCGCUGGAGCUCCUACAUGGUGCACUGGAAGAACCAGUUCGACCAUUACAGCAAGCAGGAUCGCUGCUCAGACCUGUGACCCCGGCGGGACCCUACGUCCUCAGGCUCCGCCCCCAGCUGUAUAUACUAUUUAUUAAAGGGCGGGGGAUAUAACAAAGUCCCAGACCUUGCCCGCCCGACCCCGACUUCCCCCCGGGGCUCCUCGUCCUCUGCAUGUCUCGGGCCGAGCUCCCUCCCCCGCGGUGCCUUCGCCCCUCUGGGCUGCCAAUAAACUGUUACAGC